GAGGGUGGGCGGAAGAUGGGUGGAGUGGGAAGGCAUAGUAAAUGUUACCUGCCUCUUUCAUAACCACCAUCGUGGAGGGGAAAACGUAUGUGGAUAGCUUCACAUGUAGGAAGUCACAAUCCACAUUGAUGCCACUAUUAGGAUGUGGCCGAGAUAAUCCAUUGUCUGAAGUAUAAAGAGUUAUGGAUUUCCACCCAAGCUUUUGAUCAACCAGCAGUCCUCUCCAACAGCAAUCAAUCCUCACGGCUUUUUCCUCCAUCUUUCUUGGCAUUCCGACUUCACCAUGAAGGUUCAAACUAGUGCAGCGCUUCUCCUUUCCUCUUGGGUCCCAGCUACAUACGCUUGGGGUACCUUGGGACAUUACACUGUUGGAUACGUUGCCACCAACUUCGUCUCUACUGCCACAAAGACCUAUUUCCAAGACAUUUUGGGUGAUACCAGCGCAGACUACUUGGCCUCUGUUGCUGCAUGGGCUGAUUCAUACCGAUACACCACUGCUGGAACUUUCACGGCACCUUUCCAUUACAUUGAUGCUCAAGAUAACCCACCUUCUUCCUGUGGCGUUUCAUACUCCAGAGAUUGUGGAUCUACAGGAUGUAUCAUUAGUGCCAUCAACAACUACACAACCAUCUUGCAAAAGGGCACUGCAAGUGCUGCUAAUUUGGACAUUGCUGCCAAGAUGAUCAUUCACGUAUGUUCUGAAUUCCUCUCCCAAUUCUGGAUUUCAUCAUGUCUCCAUUCCCCUUAUUCUACAUGUCAUUACCAAGGCGCAUGGGCAUCUCGCAUAAAAAAGAUAAUCCGUACCACAUUUGUUCCCUCGUGGGCAAACCGUCAAUAUAUCCAUAAACAUCCUUUACUCAUACAUCCUAGUUCCUUGGCGACAUCCACCAACCUCUCCACGAUGAGAACCUCGAUGUAGGUGGAAACACCAUCUCCGUCACCUACGCCGGCAAAACCACCAACCUCCAUUCAAUUUGGGAUACUGCGAUUCCCGAACAAUACACUGGCGGUUACGCACUUUCCGAUGCCAAGACAUGGGCAGCAACUCUUACAACCGCCAUCAAAACCGGAACAUACUCUUCUUUGAAAGCAGGCUGGACUGAAGAUAUCGAUCUCGAUGAUCCAAUUACUUCCUCAAUGGUUUGGGCAUCUGACACAAAUGCCCAUGUUUGCGAUACUGUUUUUGCAGAUGGAGUAGCGUCGGUCAAGACAGGUGAUUUGAGUACCAAUGGAUAUUAUGCAGCUGCGAUCCCAGUGGUUAAGUUACAGAUUGCUAAGGCAGGAUACAGACUUGCAGCUUGGCUAGACUUGAUUGCCACUGGUACCACAAACCUUUAAAUGAAGCGAGAUUUGGGAGUAGAGAAAAAAUGGGGGAAGAAAGCGGGGAAGGAAGUGUAUAUAAGGACUCAUUUCAAAAUGUCAAUAUUCAUACCUAGGUAACUUUUAUAUGCACAAUAAAUACACUUAACAAAUAAAUCUCA